AUGCCCAGGUUACCCCGAGGAGCCGGUGGCGGUGGCGGCGGCGGCGGCGGCGGCGGUGGCAUCGCGCCCAGGAAGCAGCAGCAGCAGCAGCUCCGGCCGCACCGGCGGCCCAGGAAGCCGGAGGUGCGGAUCUCCCAGCUGAUCCUGCAGGCGCUGUCGGCCCGCAGGCAGCGGGGCGGCCUCUCGCUGGCCUCCCUCCGCCAGGCGCUGCUGGCCAGCGGCUACGACGUGGAGCGGAACAAGGCCCGGCUGCAGACGGCCAUCCGGAGCCUGGUGAAGAACGGCUCGCUGGUGCAGACCAAGGCCACCGGCUCCCUGCAGCUCAGCGGCGGCCGGCAGGCCCAGGAGGCCCAGCCCCCUGCCCUGCCCGCCCAGGCGGAGGCGGAGGCGGAGGGGGAGGGGGAGGAGGCGGCGAACCCGGUCAAGAAACCCCGGAGGAGACGGGCCGAGAGGAAGGCGAAGCCCAGAAAGGCCCGGAAGUGAAUGGAAGUGAAGAAAACUCUGAAAACAAAAGGCUCUUUUGAGAGCCACAAACUCCCCGAAAGGAGGCGGAACCAAACUUUUUAAUAAAACACUGGGGAAAGUUUAUAAACCCCCCGAAAAUAUAACAUAAAUUAAAAUGACAUUCCAGAUUGAGAAGAUACAUGAGGUGCAAUAGGAUUCAGCUUUUCUCCACAUGUCCCCCCUCCUGUGAGAAGCCUCACAAUGUUUAUUCUCUGUGACAUUUACAAUGUUCAUUCAGCCCGAGGACAAAACAUUUAAAACUAAAAGUGACAAUAAAAGCGCAACCAGGUUCCGCUCAGAUGCCAUUUCAACACUCCUGACAUUUACAACACACGUUGGCCGAAACCCUUUCUAUUUAGAAAUUAAAGAUUGCA